UGCGCUAGAUGUGACUUAAGAGCACGCUCCCUGAAACAAGAACGAAAACUGAGAGCCAGAACACGCACACGCACUAAACAAACACGCUCAACAAACCACACAGAGGGAGGCAGAGCGACCCGUCCGUACCCUCUGUUCCUGAUGAAGUGACACAGCUGGAGGCUGGGUUGGACGCUUUGGGAGCAGAAUACCUUGGGGGUGCUGAGCGGGACGGAGAGGGUCAGGUAGAAUAGCUGGUUGGACUCCACUGGCACUAUGCUCCGACAGUCUCUGAGCCUCCUGAAGCAGCUGGGCUCUACAACAAGGUCACAAGAUGCCACUGAUCUCCUACACGAGGACCUGGUUUUGGUGGAGCAGCGGGUGGAACCGGCCAAGAAGGCGGCUCAGGUCCUCCACAAGAAGCUGCAGUCCUGCAUGCAGAGUCAGCCGGGGCUGGAGGCCGAAAAGCGAAUGAAAAAGCUUCCUCUGAUGCUGCUGUCAGUCAGCAUGGCCGAAAGCCUCAAGGACUUCGAUGCAGAGUCAUCAAUCAGGAGGGUGCUGGAGAUGUGCUGUUUCAUGGAGAAGAUGUUGGCCAACAUGCUGGCAGACUUUGAGAUGAAGGUGGAGAAGGAAGUCCUGGAGCCGCUCAACAAGCUCAGCGAGGAUGAUUUACCAGAAAUCCUCAGGAACAAGAAACAGUUUGCAAAGCUCACAAUGGACUGGAACAAUGCGAGAAUGAGGAGUCAAACCAGCACAGGUCCCCAGGCUAAACAGGAUGGGCUAAGGGAGGAAGUGGAAGAAGCUAGAAGGAAGUUGGAGAGCAUCAAGGACCAGUAUUCUGCAGACCUAUAUCACUUUGCAACUAAGGAAGACGACUAUGCUAACUACUUCAUCCGUCUUCUUGAGCUGCAAGCAGAAUACCACAAAAACUCACACCAGUUCCUGGACAAAAAUAUCAACGAGCUCAAAGAGAAUCACAGCGAGAAAGGGCCGCCGAUAAGCUCCUCCAGCCAGAAGGUCUACGGGGAGCCUCUGCUCUCACAUCUGUCGAAGAGCAACAGGGAAAUCGCCGCGCCCAUCCAGGAGUGCAUUCACAUGCUGCUUAGGACGGGCAUGAGGGAGGAGGGUCUGUUCCGUCUGGCAGCAGCAGCCUCCGUGGUGAAGAGGCUGAAGACCUGUCUGGAUCAAGAGACGGUGGACCACAGUGAGUUCAGCAUGGACCCUCACGCUGUCGCUGGCGCUCUGAAGUGUUACCUUCGAGAACUUCCAGAGCCUCUGAUGACAUUUGAACUCUACAGUGAGUGGUUUAAAGCAGCAGGGGAAAAAGACCUGCCAGAGAAGCUGGAGCAGUUCCGGAUACUGCUGAAGAAACUGCCACCAGAAAACUACAACAACCUCAGGUACCUGGUCCAGUUCCUGUCUCUGCUGUCUGAGCAGCAGGCUAUAAACAAGAUGACACCCAGUAACAUCGCCAUCGUCCUGGGGCCCAACCUGCUCUGGCCUCGAGCCGAGGGGGAAGCUGCUCUCUUUGACAUGGCGUCGGCUUCUUCAGUCCAGGUGGUGACGGUCAUCGAGCCUCUUAUUCAGAACAGCUCCAGCCUCUUCCCCGAAGCUGUGUCCUUUGAGAUCCCAGAGUUACCCGAGGCCCCAGAAGCUCCUGUCACCCAGUCGAUGUUCUCAGAAAAGGAGAGACUGAGCAGAACAGUGUCCUCCUCUUCAUCCACCUCAUCCAGCUCCUUUUUUCACCCGCCCCUUUCAAAGACAAGCAGCACGGCCUCUCAGGAGAGCGCUGGUUCAUUUCUGGUGAAAUCCGGAUCUGUGAACAGUCGCAGCGGCACGUCCACCUGGGGGAGCCCCGCAGUCGAGACACCGGCACCACCAGCCGAUGCAAACGUAACACCCAGAAGCUCGUCCUCCCUCGACCCGGGCCCCGUUAUGGCCCCCGACGCUGCAGCUGCAGACGGCUCGACAGCAAACCAGAUCCCAUCGCCUCUCCCUAGAGGUGCAGGAUCAACGGCAAACCCGGGCCAGGUGAAGAGCCCCACCCAGAAGCAGUGCUCUGACCAGAGUCAACUGGAGCCCAUUUUGGAAGCGCCACCAGAUUCCCCCAAGGCGUCACUGAAGAUCACGUCGCCGUUUAAACCGAAGAGAAUUUUCAACUCGAGCAAAGGUAACGAAGCCAGCGAGCAGGUGACAGUUCAUUUCUCCAAACCGAGAGCGCCACUGCCCCCCAAGGCCCAGGCCCCUCCGCCGCCAACCACUGCUCCGGCCCCCCAGCUGCCAACCGCUGCCCCGGCCCCCCCGCCGCCAACCACGACCCCGGCCCCUCUGCCGCCUAGUACGGCCCCAGCGACUGCCAACACUCGGCCCCGGCCCGCGCCCCGAUCUCAACCGAGCAUCCACAAGAAACCGGUGAAAAGGCCCAACCUCAAAGCCCCGAACUGCCCCCCACCACUCCCCCCGCCCACGGAUGCAAAAGAGGUUCCUUCUAUGGCGCAGUGAUCACAGUCACCGGUGGUUUCAUCGGUUGCGUCACUGGCUGGUUGAGAGCAGCAGAAACACCUCCGUUUGCAUCGUAUUGUCAGUGUGUGCUCUGUGGCGUCUUGAAGACUUGCAGCUUGACUAACUUUUGUUGUGUGUGUGUGUGUGUGUCUUCCCAGUGUAAUUUAUUUAUUUUGAUUACCUGUCGUCGCGGCAAAAGGACAAACAGACCAAUAAUAAAUGAAUUCCCCAAAGUUUUGCAAUGUUUUAGAGAGGAACUGUUCAAAAAUCUACAAGAAUAGUGCUCAUAUAUGCCAAUGAGAUAAUUUUGUUUUUUUUACUUUUCAUCUGUGUAGAUGAUUGUUCUUCACAGUGGCUGUGGGUGGAAUAUUCCUCUAAACCAACCAUAACUGCCUAGAAAGCAAUGUCAACAAUGUACACCUAAUUAAAAGCAUCUUUAUUUUCAAUUUA